GAUCUGAUUAACACCAGAGAGAGACCAGACUCUCCCUCUGACAGCGGGAAGAGUCCUUCAGGGGAACCAGACCCAGAGACAUCCAAACCAGCGAGACAACACCGCUGCUCCCACUGUGGAAAGAGUUUUAGCUGGUUAGCUAACCUGAAAAGGCAUGAGAGAAUACACACAGGAGAAAAGCCUUACCACUGCUUCCAAUGUGAAAAGGGAUUUUCCCGAUCAGGGGACCUAAAAUCUCAUGAGUGGACACACACAGGAGAAGAGCCUUUCCAAUGUUCCCAGUGUAGAAAGCGAUUUACCGUGUUAGCUAACCUGAAAAGGCAUGAGAGAAUACACACAGGAGAAAAGCAUUAUCAAUGUUCCCAAUGUGGAAUGAGUUUUAUUCAGUUAAGGAGCCUGAAAGAGCAUGAGAGAAUACACACAGGAGAAAAGCCUUUCCAAUGUUCCCAGUGUGGAAACAGUUUUACUCAGAGAGGGUAUCUAAAAGUGCACGAGAGAAUACACACAGGAGAAAAGCCUUACCACUGCUCCCAGUGUGGAAAGAGUUUUACUCAGAGAGGGUAUCUAAAAGUGCACGAGAGAAUACACACAGGAGAAAAGCCUUACCACUGCUCCCAGUGUGGAAAGAGUUUUACCUGGUUAAGGAGACUGAAGGAGCAUAAGAGAACACACACGAAAAAAGCCCCACCACUUCUCACUCUCUGUGUGGAAGGACAAUUUCCCAGUCAGAGAACCUGAAAUCACAUGAGAGAAUAGAGAGGCUGUGUU